AAUCCCCGCCCACUCUUUUCUCCAGCAGACGUAGGGGUGUGUCUCGACAGGAACAGUGCGUGUAAAGUCCUCGCGCUCCGUACCGAGCUGUGCAAAACAAGUCAAGGGUCUAAACUUUCAUUCUUAGUUUUAUUUAAGCACAACGUGUCCAACAUGUCCAAACCUCUGACUGACCACGAAAAGCGCAAGCAGAUCAGUGUGCGUGGUAUAGCUGGCCUCGGGGAUGUUGUCGAAAUCAAAAAGAGCUUCAACAGGCAUCUUCACUUCACCCUUGUGAAGGACCGCAAUGUGGCCACCCCUCGCGAUUAUUACUUCGCCCUGGCGCACACGGUCCGGGAUCACCUGGUGGGCCGCUGGAUCCGCACUCAGCAGUAUUACUAUGAGAAAGACCCAAAGCGCAUCCAUUACCUGUCUCUGGAGUUCUAUAUGGGCAGAACACUCCAGAACACCAUGAUUAAUCUUGGUCUGCAGAACACUUGUGACGAGGCCAUCUACCAGCUUGGACUGGACUUGGAAGAACUGGAAGAGAUUGAGGAAGAUGCUGGACUGGGAAACGGAGGUCUCGGACGUCUAGCAGCUUGUUUCCUGGACUCCCUGGCAUCUCUGGGUCUGGCAGCAUAUGGCUAUGGCAUUCGUUAUGAGUUUGGAAUCUUCAAUCAGAAGAUCACUAAUGGCUGGCAGGUAGAGGAGGCUGAUGAUUGGCUUCGCUAUGGUAACCCCUGGGAGAAGGCCCGCCCAGAGUACAUGCUGCCUGUGCAUUUCUAUGGCCGAGUGGAGCACACACAUGAGGGAUCAAAGUGGGUUGGCACCCAGGUGGUGCUCGCGAUGCCUUAUGACACUCCUGUGCCUGGUUAUAAAAACAACACUGUGAAUACUAUGAGACUUUGGAGUGCCAAAGCUCCUAAUGAUUUCAACCUGCAAGAAUUUAAUGUGGGGGACUACAUCCAGGCUGUUUUGGACCGGAACCUGGCAGAAAACAUCUCACGAGUACUGUACCCCAAUGACAAUUUUUUUGAAGGGAAAGAGCUCAGAUUAAAGCAGGAGUACUUUGUGGUGGCUGCUACUCUGCAGGACAUUAUCAGGCGUUUCAAAUCUUCAAAGUUUGGCUGCAGGGAUCCUGUGCGCACCUCUUUCGAGACUUUUCAUGAGAAGGUGGCGAUCCAGUUAAAUGACACUCAUCCGGCACUGGCAAUUCCUGAACUAAUGAGAAUCUUGGUGGAUAUUGAGCACCUGGACUGGGAAAAGGCAUGGGAGAUCACCACAAAGACGUGUGCGUACACAAACCACACAGUGUUACCAGAGGCUCUGGAGCGCUGGCCUAUUUACAUGUUUGAGAAGCUUCUACCCCGACACCUGCAGAUCAUCUACGAGAUCAACCAGCGACAUUUGGAUAGAAUUGCUGCUCUAUAUCCAGGGGACGUUGAUCGUUUGCGCAGGAUGUCUCUGAUAGAGGAGGGCGAUCCAAAAAGAAUCAACAUGGCUCACCUCUGUGUGGUGGGGUCACAUGCCAUCAACGGAGUUGCACGGAUUCACUCAGAUAUUGUCAAAAGCACCGUGUUUAAGGACUUUUGUGACAUUGAGCCGGAAAAAUUCCAGAACAAGACAAACGGCAUCACACCUCGUCGCUGGCUGCUCCUCUGCAACCCCGGCCUGGCUGACAUCAUCGCUGAGAAAAUUGGUGAGGACUUCUUAACAGAUCUGUUUGAAUUGAGGAAGCUGUUGGACUUCAUCAAUGAUGAAAUGUUUAUUCGGGAUGUGGCCAAAGUUAAACAGGAGAAUAAGCUGAAGUUUGCAGUGUAUCUGGAGAACGAGUACAAAGUGAAGAUUAACCCUGAGUCAAUCUUUGAUGUUCAUGUCAAGAGAAUCCAUGAGUACAAGAGACAACUGCUCAACUGCCUUCAUGUCAUCACUUUAUACAACAGGAUAAAGAGGGAACCAAACAAGAAGUUUGUUCCCAGGACAGUAAUGAUUGGUGGAAAGGCAGCACCAGGCUAUCACAUGGCAAAGAUGAUCAUUAAACUGAUCACCUCAGUGGGAGAAGUGGUGAAUAAUGAUCCUGUAGUGGGAGACAGACUCAGGGUCAUUUUCCUGGAAAACUACAGAGUCUCACUAGCUGAGAAGGUGAUCCCUGCUGCUGACCUGUCCGAGCAGAUCUCCACAGCAGGCACGGAAGCCUCCGGUACAGGAAACAUGAAAUUCAUGCUGAACGGGGCUCUGACCAUCGGUACCAUGGACGGAGCUAACGUAGAAAUGGCAGAGGAAGCAGGAGAGGAAAACCUCUUCAUCUUUGGCAUGAGGGUGGAGGAUGUGGAGGCCAUGGACAAAAAGGGAUACAAUGCCAGAGAAUACUAUGAGCGACUACCUGAGCUCAAACAGGCGAUGGAUCAAAUCAGCGGUGGAUUCUUCAGCCCCAAAGAGCCUGAACUCUUUAAAGAUGUCGUCGAUAUGCUCAUGAAACAUGACAGGUUCAAAGUGUUUGCAGACUAUGAGUCCUACAUCAGCAGUCAAGAAAAAGUUAAUAAUCUCUACAUGAACCCAAAAGAAUGGACCAAAGUGGUCAUCAAGAACAUUGCUGCUUCUGGCAAGUUCUCCAGUGACCGCACCAUUGCAGAGUAUGCCCGUGAGAUUUGGGGGGUGGAGCCGUCUGACGUGAAGAUCCCACCACCUAAUGAACCACGUGAAUGAGGAAGUGGGCGACUACAUGUUUAGCUGGUUUCCACUGAGUGUGCGUGCCUAAUUCUGAGCUUCACUGUUUUGUUGGAGUGCCUUGACUGUCUUUACCUGAUUGAGAGAUUCAGGUUAUCUUUUACUAUGCAUAAGGCCAUGUGCAGCCUCCCCCAAAUGCAUUACUGUAGUGUUAACUAAACGCACAUAAAAAAAACAUACUCCUAACUCCUCAAUGUGCUUUUACACUGUAAACGUUUAAAAUCACUGUUAAAAUACUGUUACUUUCACUUGUCCAUGCUGUUUUCAAUUAUCAUGGUUUUCAGUAAUCCAAAUUUGAUUUAUUGGUCAUCUAAGACUAAUUUGCAGCACGGUCUCAAAGACCUGAGCAGGAAACUUUAUUUUGACUACCUUAGUAACAGCUUUAAUUUUAGCUAUAGCUAUUACAGCUAUAUACUGUUCUUCUUGAGUAAAGUCUCCAUUUUCUUGCAUACCUUAUAUCGCUUUUUAGGGUGGGGAUUCUUAAUGGUUACACUUUAAAAGUAUGGUUCACCCAAAAAUCAUGUCUUGUACUCGCCAUCAUGUUCUUCCAUGGAACACAAAGGGAGUUUUAUUGCAGAAUGUCCAAUCUGUCCUUUUCUAUACAAGGACAGUGAAUAGUGACCACAGCUGUCCCUGGUCCCCAUCCACUUUCAUUGUAUAGAAAAGAGUGGAAUUUCUUAAUAUAUCCUUUUGUGUUCCACAAACAAAGUCAUACAGGUUUUGAACAACAUGAGGGUGAGAAAAUGUUGACAGGCCUUUCAAUUUUGGGUGAACUAUUUUUUUUUUUUUUUUUUUUUAAAGGAAAAUACAAGGUAAGCUCAAUCGACAGCAUAAUAUUGAAUAUCACAAAAAUUAUUUUUGACUUGUGCCUCCUUUUUAUUUAUUUAUUUUUUAUUAAAAAAGCACAAAUCUGAGUUUCAGUGAGGCACUUACAUGGAAGUGAAUGGGGCCAAUCAGUAAAUGUUAAAAUAUUCGCUGUUUCAAAAGUAUAGCCACCAUUUCUGUGUAAAGUCAUUUCAAAUUUUACAACUUUGUUGCCAUGACAUAACACCAUAAACCCUAAAACGACCCAUAAAAACGAUGAUUUAAACAGAUGUUGAAUUCAAACAAAAAAUUGGCCCCCAUUCACUUCCAUUAUAAGUGUAUCACUGAAACCUCAAUCUUUGCUUUUUUUUAAAGAAAAGGAGAAAGGCACUUUUUUUUUUUUUUUUUUUUUGGUGAAAAUCAACAUUAUGCCAUGCAUGCUGCUGAUUGAACUUAAAGUGUAUAGAGAAUAUUCCUUUAAUGACAGCUCUAAAAAAAGUGGUACUGAACUAGAACCCCAUAUCACUAUAUUUCAUAAUGUUUAAGAACCAAAACACAACAGCUGGAACUGAAGACAGAACUAUUUGGUGCCUGGAUGAAUUUCUUACUAGCUUUAGUAAUACAUUGACCUUUGUGUCAAUGUAAAAUCAGUAGAAAUGUCAUCCUUCCUUUAAAAUACACAAUAUAGUGCUUUUAAACCUUUCAGAAACUGCAUCUUGAGGCAUUUUGUGAUAUUUGCUGGCUCACCAUAUUCAGUAUCUAAGUAAUCUUUUUAUUCAAGCUUUCACACAUUAGUUAAAGGGUGCCUUGUGUGCAUAACUGUGCAAUAUUAAAAGAAAAAAAAAAUUACCUUUGUACAUUUUUCAUAUAGAUAAUGAUAACAGAAGAUACAGUACAUGGCAGCUGGCUGAUGUGAAUGUAUGGGAAUCCAUCACAUACGAGUCCUUUAAAUACUGUUUUAGUUACUUUUUGUCAGGGAACCUGUCAAUUUGUGCUCCGUUUCACAUAGUAUUACCAACUGCAGAAAUGUCAAGCUAAAAAUGAGUGAACAUCAGUGGUCUUUGCUGCAAGCUGUAAAGCCACUCCAGAGUUGAGUUCAACUCUAAACAUCUGCAUUUCAGAAUACUAGACUUGAAUGUAUGCAUGCUUGGGGGAAUACGCAUCAGAUUCACACUCGUUGUACUGCGGCCUUGUUUUCUUGCUACAUUCUACAGUACUGUAUGGAGUUUACCGUGUUAUUACCAUGCUAAGAAAUAAAACAAAUACUAAUUAAAAAAAUAUGUUGACUUAAA